AUGUCUGGACUUUUCUUGAAGUUACUGGACUCUUCUCUCCUCAUAAGAAUUGCUAUACUCUCAACUUUUGGAACUUUUUCUCUGCAAUUGCUUAAACAAUCUCUCUCUCGUACAUUUUCUCUGUAGAACGAAGAAAAAAAAAACAGAAUGUUCGGAGUGGUGUUCCCAAAUCGGAGCUUCCCAAUGGACAUCUCAAGCUUCGCCCAAAUCGACACCACUCACUGGAUUCUCGACAUGAACACCUUCGUCGGAGAGGCAUACGAUUCGAUCAGAGAAGUGUGCAUGUUCCUUCUAAACGGCCUCUCUCUUCCACCAGACAAAGCCCUAGCGGUUUACAUCCAGUCCCCAGGCUCUCCCUUCCUCUAUUGCGGCGCCGUCACGGUGGUCCGGCCAUCGGCGGUGCUGUCGCUUCCGUGGCCGGAGCCUGGUGGUCAGAUGCAGCUCACGGCCCCCGACGCCGCUCCGCUCUCCGCCAAGAUCGGCGUCUCCGUGGAAGACCUGGCCACCCUUCCCUCCCUCGAUGUGGCGGCGGAGAAGCGGAUUGAGCAUCUGGCUAUGAAGGUUGGGGAGAAUUUGUUCAAUUUCAUGCAGUCGUUUUGCGGGGUUGAUGGUAGCAGGCUUGUUGUGCCCAUGGAUAUAUUGGAUAGAUGGUUCAAGAAGUUUCAGGAGCGAGCCAAGCGCGAUCCUGAAUAUCUCAAGGGUUUUUCUUUGUAACUUUCGAGGUAUAUAUAUGAAUCAAUGUUUGUGCUGCUGAUGUUUAUUUAUUGAACGUUGUAGGUUUUGUUUUUUAAUUAAAUUAUAAGUUUUGGAAUUAGAGAAGAAGAGGUGUUCUUGUUUUCGAUCAUUUUGGAUGCAUUUGCUUUGAUUGGUUAUGUAUGUUCUGGUUUAGGAAUUUGUUUUGAGAAAUUGCAUAUGUAGGGGAAUUCUUGAAUGCUGUUUUGUGGACAAAACGAAAUUUACUUAAAAGUUCAAGUUA